AUGGAUUGCCAACUAGUUGUAUCAAAAUCACUUGUUCUUAAAUAUAUUACGAAAUAUGCAUCCAAAGCAGAAAGAAAAUCAGAGUCUUGUAUUGAUAUGUUAACACGAAUUUGUAAAAAACAAGCAAUUAAGGAACAAGCAAUAGUAGCAUAUCACAAAUUUAUAGCUGAAAUCAUUGCAGAUCGUGAUAUAAGUGCACAAGAGAUGUUGCAUAUGCUUCAAAAACUAUUGCUUGUUGUUUGCAAUUGCUCAUUUAUGACACUAACUGUUGGAAGAAAACUAUUCCAUCGAAUCAAAAGAAACCAAAAUGAAAUUGCAUUACAAUUGAACUAUCUACACUCCUACAUACAACGCCCUCUUGAGAUGGAAACAACAACAUUGAUUGAUUCUGCUGGAUCAUUUUCAUUUUCUGCUACUCGCAAAGGAUGCAAAUGGAAAAAAAGGAAAGAAAAUACAAUUGUCAAUGCCUUUCCUCAAUUUUAUGCUAUUCCAAACGAGGAUUCUGAACAGUUUAAAUUUUUUUGUCGGAGUGACCUACAUCUAUACAAGCAUUUUCGUAACAUUUCAAUGGAAAUGGGUCUCACCAAAGAUGACAUUGUUGCAAAUUGGAAGCAAACGAAUGUAAAUAAAUAUUUUGUGUGGCAUGUCGAUCACAUAGUUGAUAUAGAGGAAAACCAUGAACAAGAUGAGGACACUGACAAUGAGAUAAAUCUAGAAACCACUGUACAUAUGAAUGAAUGGGAGUUGCUAUCACAAAUGGGGCUUUGUACUGUUGGAAAUUAA